CUCAUUUCCAAAUUCGAGGCACUGGGACUCGCCGCUGAAAAGGCCAAGGAGGCCGCUGGCAAUAAGAAGCUCGCACCUACUUUGAGCGGGAUCAUUGAUGCUACUGGCCAGACCACUUUCGACAAAUCAUCGGGCAUGCUGCUCUAUACACUGGGAACCACAGUGACCAAGGACAAGACACCGCACGCCGAGUACAUCGCCCAGGCCAUUGCGAGCGGCCGCAUUGCAUCGACCGAGCAGCUGACUGCAGCUACAAAGUUCUGCAUCAAGAAUGAUCCUCCCGCCAAUGAACAGGCCUUUGACGAGGCCUGCGGUGUCGGCGUUGUCGUGAGCGACGAUGAGAUUUCUGCCAGCGUGAAGGAUGUUAUCGACAGCGUCAAGGCCUCGUUGGUGAAGGAGCGGUAUCGCGGCCAAGGAAAAGUUCUGGGCCUGAUUAAGAAGGCGCCCGCUUUACGGUGGGCUGACUCGGGCAAGGUGAAGAACGAGUUUGAUGCUCAGGUCCUUGCGCUUCUGGGCCCUAAGGACGAGAGAGACGACCCUGCCGCUGCCAAGAAGGCCGCUGCCGCCACCAAUAAGCCCGCCGCUGCCGCCAAAUCCAACGCUGGUGCUGCUGCCAAGGCCCCCGAGGCCAAGAAGUGGGAGCCCGCGUCGCUCGAGGCCAUGUUUGCCGACGGCGAAAUCAGCCGGCUGCACAAGGCUGGAGAGAACCCGCAGAUCAAGCCCGAGAUUAUGGAGGAGCAUCUGCGCGCAACCAGGGGCAUGGUCAUCACACGCUUCCCGCCAGAGCCCAAUGGCUACCUGCACAUUGGCCACGCCAAGGCCAUCAAUGUCAACUUUGGCUACGCCAAGACCCACGGCGGCGUGUGCAAUCUGCGCUAUGAUGACACCAACCCUGAGGCGGAGGAGCAAAAGUACGUCGACUCGAUCCUCGAUACCGUCCGCUGGCUGGGGUUCGAGCCGCACAAGAUUCUGUACUCUUCGGACUACUUCCAGGAGCUUUUUGACCUGGCGGUCGAACUCACUAGCCGCGGCCUGGCAUACGUGUGCCACUGCACUGGCGAGCAGAUCCGCGAGCAGCGUGGUGGUGAGGACAAGGGCCCGCGGUUCUCCUGCGAGCACCGCGACAGGCCCAUUGCCGAGUCCCUGGCGGAGUUCCAGAAGAUGAAGGAGGGCCGGUAUGCUGCCAACGAGGCGACUCUGCGCAUGAAGAUGGACAUGGAGGACGGCAACCCGCAGAUGUGGGAUCUGAUCGCCUACCGCAUCCUGUACUCCAGCCACCACCGCACUGGCACCGAGUGGUGCAUCUACCCAACCUACGACUACACGCAUUGCCUGUGCGACUCGUUCGAGAACAUCACGCACUCGCUGUGCACGCGUGAGUUCACCCUGUCGAGACAGUCGUACUACUGGCUGUGUGACGCCGUGGAGGUCUACAAGCCGGUGCAAUGGGAGUACGGACGCCUCAACGUCACCAACACCUUGCUGUCCAAGCGCAAGCUAUUGAAGCUUCGCGACGAGGGCCUGAUCUCCGAUCUGGAUGACCCGCGCGUGUACACCAUCCCGGCGCUGCGACGCCGUGGUGUGCCGCCCCAGGCAAUCAACGCGUUUGUCCGUGAGCUUGGCGUUACCACCACGAGCGCCACCAUCGACGUCGGCCGCCUGGAGAACCAUAUCCGCAGCUGUCUCGACGAGAUCGCUCCCCGCAUCAUGGCCGCCAUCAGCCCUGUGCGUGUUGUGCUGUCCAACCUUCCCGAGAGCCACCUGGAGAUGAUCGAGCUCCCUUACAAGCCGCGCGACGAGUCCUUCGGCUCCCACACAGUGCCCUUCACCCGCGUCCUGUACAUCGACGCCUCCGAUUUCCGCGAUGUCGACUCGGCCGACUACUAUCGCUUGGCCCCGAACAAGUCCGUUGGCCUGCAGGGCCUUUCCCACCCUAUCACCUGCACUGAGGUCCGCAAGAACGCCGACGGCUCGAUCGCCGAGCUUGUCUGCCGGUACGAGAACGAAGGCAAGCAGCCCAAGCCCAAGACCUUUAUCCAGUGGGUUGCCGACUGCCCCCAGCUGGGCUCGCCGGUGCGCCUGGACGAAGUGCGCAUCUACAACCCGCUGUUCAAUCACUCUAACCCCGAGGACAAGAGCACAGUUCCAGAGGGCUUUCUGUCCGAUGUCGACCGCAACUCGCUGCAGGUCUACAAGGGGGCUGUUGCCGAGAAGGAUCUGGCCGAAAACCACGUUGAGAAUAUCAGAUUCCAGUUCAUGCGCAUUGGCUACUUUACCCUUGACAAGGACAGCGUUCUGACCGCCGAGUCUAUUGCGAACGAUAACGCCAGCGAGGCCAAGAUUAUUAUGAAUCGCAUUGUUACGCUCAAGGAGGACUCGAAGAAGCAGUCCGCUUAAAUUUAAAAUUUUCUUUAACUUUUUUUUGAUAGCAAGUUCAAAGUAUUAAUUUCUGGAAUUUCAGCCAAGGCGCUAUAUUGUCAAAUAAUAAAUAAAUAGAGUAGGCAGGACAAGGAUGAACUAGCUGCGUUGGUUGCACUUGAC